AUGGAAAACGAAGUAGCACAAGACGAAGAAGUUGACUAUGCAGAUAUUUUUUGCCCAAUCACACGAGAAAUUUAUCGUGAUCCAGUUAGAGCGGCCGAUGGUUUUGUUUAUGAACGUGAUGCUAUCACAAAAUGGAUCCUUCAAACAGGCACAAGUCCAUUUACUCGACAACCAUUAAAAAUUGAUGAACUAAAACCAGAUAAUAAACGUAGGCUUCUCGUUCAUCGUCGACGACAAUUAACAGUCGGCUAUGAUGCAUGUAACAGCACCAUUUCUCUAUCAUCUCUCCGACAAGUACCAACACCUGUUGACCAAGUAGACCCAAUAACAACAUCCGAUCGUACAUAUAGAGAUAGAGUGAAAUUCAAAAAACACAUCUUUCAAAUCGUAUUGCUUAUAAUUGCUGUCAGUAUUACUAUUGGCCCAAUACUUGGAAUGGCUGUAGGACUUACGUCAGAGACUUCUAUUGAUGUUAUCUCUGUCUACACAAGUGAAAUAAAUGCUACAAGUCCAAUCUUCACUCCUAUUGGAUUGACCACAAAUUAUCCUUACGAAGAAAAUCAAAUCAACGUAUCGAAAAGUGGUUCAUAUAUCUUUACAAGUAGCAGUAGUUUUGGUAUUGAUGCUUAUUUGCCAUUACGUUUUGGUGGUUGCUACUAUCAUUAA